UUGGUGUGAAUGGAACCAUCAUUUCAUCUCAUGUUCAACUGUCUUUUUGGACUCUUCACUUACACUUCGCUGGUACUCGCCAGGACUCGAAUUUCCUCUGACUUUUGGCUGGACGAUUCUAGUUCUGACGAGUAAUUCGACAGUGUCGUUUUGUCACUCCGACACUCAACCAGUGUUUCUUUCCCCUUCAUCACCAGACCGUGCACCACCCAGUGGGGUGCAGCUGGAGCAGUGCAGUCCAGCGCAAUAAACCCAUGGCCCAAGCUCAUGCUUAACAAGCGUUAUUGCUUCAUGCAUGCAUCAUGCUCACUCAGUAUGUCGGUUCCGGGUUUUCACAGCUGCUUUGUGUCAGUCUGUCUGCUGUCUGUCUGUCUGCUGUCAGAUGCUGUGAUUCGGGACCGGGAACUGGAAUCUCCCAACAAGCGCGGGCAAGUUGCCAUUCUCACCACCCCAAUGCAACAAAAAAGAGGCGUUUCACAAUACCACGAAUAUCCGGCUUUGAUAUCCCUGUCGAUCGCAUUGUGUCCCCCCACGACGACGGCCGGACCUCCUCCAUCACCCCUACCUUAGCUAACCUGCCUACCUUACUACCUACUACCUACCUUACCUCCAAACCGGCCGGCCAGGCUAGCUCUACCUAUCGAGCAGAAAGCUUAUCGCUGCUCGAAGAUUGGACUGGACUAGGAACUGGCCCGAGUGUUGCUGGGACUGGCUAUGACGGGUUUCGACGGGAGCUUCUCCCUCCUGGCGGGAUUGGUCGGUCUUUUGUUUUUCGUCUUUGCCAUCCUCCCACCAAAGAACAGUGAUCUCCGGGUAUAUAACCGACCUAGGCAGCUCGACGUGGCAUCUGAAUAUCGAGCUGGUUAUGAUGGCUCUUUGAGCGAAGAGUAGUCCGGACCUCUUGCUUUUCGAAUCCUUUGUUUGUGGCGCGGUGGUGCUUCCGCUCAG